AUGCAGAAAUCCCAACCUCCUAAACCGAACUAUCUAAAAGAAGAUGAACUAACUCAAGAAUGCAUGAACUUGAUUCCUUCCCUUCCCAAAGAAAAGGGAUGGGUUGCAACAACACUAUACAAAUACCAAGGUUUUUGGCAUCCUGCUAAACAGCUGCAAGGAGUGCUUUCAUGUCAAAAACACUUUCAAGCUCAAGACACCGAUAUCCUUCUUGUUACCACUCCCAAAUCCGGCACCACCUGGUUAAAGGCCAUCUUGUUCGCCUUAGUAAACCGCAAGAUUUACCCACUAACCGGCCAAGACCAUCACCCGUUAUUAUCAAACAAUCCACAUAUGCUUGUGCCUUUUUUGGAGCUUAAGCUCUACAUAGAGGAUGAGAACCCAAAUCUCUCAUCUUUCACAAAUCCAAGACUCUUUUCCACUCACCUACCUUAUAAAUCUUUACCAAAUUCCAUCAAAAGUUCACAAGGCAAGCUUGUUUAUCUAUGUAGAAACCCCAAAGAUACUUUCAUUUCACUUUGGGCUUUCACAAACAAGUUGAGGUUAGAGGAAAUGGGGACUAAUUCACUUGAAGAAGUUUUUGAAAAGUUUUGUAGGGGAGUGAGCUUGUAUGGACCCUUUUGGGAUCAUGUGUUAGGUUAUUGGGAGGAAAGCUUAAAGAAUCCAGAGAAAGUGUUUUUUCUAAAAUAUGAGGAGAUGAAAGAGCAACCAGAGCUUCAUUUGAAGAAACUAGCUGACUUUUUAGGAUGCUCAUUUUCUUUCAAAGAAAAGAAACAAAACAUGAUUGAAGGCAUCUUGAGAAUUUGUAGCUUUGAUAAUUUGAGUAAUGUAGAGGUGAACAAGGAAGGAAAGCUUCCAUCCGGAGAGGAUUGCAACGCCUUCUUUCGUACUGGCAAAGUUGGCGAUUGGAAAAAUUAUUUAUCGGCGGAAAUGGAAGUGUGUCUCGACAAGAUUUGUGAAGAAAAAUUAUAUGGUUCGGGAUUGAAGUUUUAGUAAAAAAAAACUGCUAAGUGCUGGCUUUCGCGGACUUUCGAGCCAUAAUACCUUGACGGUGAAUGGAAGAGAUUAAGAUAUAUAGACACACUUCCAUUUUCUA